AUGGCAGGAGAAAUUGCGACGAAGUUCUUAACCAGGAGAAUAGCAUCCAAGAAAACGAAGACGACGAUUAAGACGGUGAUUCAUGAUGGGAGGAGCUAUGUUGGGGAGAGGGAAGUGCUGCUGGCAGCAUCGGAUUUCUUCACCAAGCUCUUUCAGGGGAAGGCGCAGGAUGCUGAGGUAGAGGAGUGGCCGAUUGACCCUCAGAAGGUGCUGGAUGGUGAAGGGAGGUGUCGUUUAGCCGCGCCAUGGUCGGAAGCGGAAGUGAAGAAGGCGAUGAAGGAGCUCCCGAGAGGCAAGGCACCAGGUGUGGAUGGUCUGCCGAAGGAGCUGCUGGAGGACAAUUGGGACCUACUGGGGGACACGGUGAUGGACUUCAUGAGAGAGUUUGAGGCCACUGCGAAAUUGCCGGAGAGUUUCUCAACUGCGGUAACGAUACUUCUGCACAAAAAAGGGGAGAAAACAGAUUUGGGGAAUUUUCGGCUGAUCACGCUUCUAAGUGCGGUGUACAAGAUAGUCGCAAAGCUGCUGGCGAACAGGAUGAAAAAAGAACUGCCACAAGUUAUCUCGGAGAACCAAUUUGGCUUUGUCCCAGGUAGGAGGUUGGCGGACGCGGUCAAGGUGGUAGCAGACACGAUUGACGCUGCGGUGCAAGGGAGGGAAGACUGGUACUUACUCCUGGUCGAUUUUCAGAAGGCUUAUGACUCAGUGUCGUGCACUUUCCUCUUCCGCACGCUUGAACGCAUGGGCUUUCCGGAGGCUUUCAUCAGAUGGUCAAAAGGGCUUCACGACCAGGCAGCGACACAGCUUCUGAUAAAUGGCUGGCUGGGUGAGAAGGUAGAGGUGGAGUCGGGAGUGCGGCAAGGAUGCCCGCUGGCACCAUAUCUUUUCAUCUGCGCAGCAGAGCCCUUAAGUCAGGAGGUUAGGAAAAGGAAGCUGGGACUGAGGAAGAGAGGAAAAGGGGACUUGUCGUACCUGGGGUAUGCUGACGAUACGACGCUUGUACUCCAGGGCAAGGAGCAGCUUCUGAAGGCGCAGGAGCUACUGGAGGACUUCGGUGUCAGAUCAGGGUUGCAAGUUAACCAGGGGAAGUCAACUGUGAUGCCGCUGGGGAAGAACAGGCUACUCCCCUCGCAGGCGAACACGUGUUUCAGCUGGGCAGAAAGGGACAAACCAGAGAGGCUGUUAGGGAUCUGGAUUACGGCGGAUGGGAAGGCGGAGCCGACAUGGGAAAAAGCACUGGUGCGGGUCAAUACGAUUCUGCGCAACUGA